AUGAGAAGUAGAAGCAGGCAGGGCUUGUUCCCCCCCCCCCCCCCUGAUGUUUCUAGAUAUAAAAGGUGGAUGUGUUAUUUUUUAUACUUUUAUAUUUUGGAAGAAUUACAUGCAAACGUGGAAUGUGUGGGUUUGCUUGUACAUGCUCUUUGUAACACCAAGAGUUAUGAAAAUUUUGUCUGCCUUCGCUCAUGGGGAAACAUGGAGAGAGUUGGGGGUGCACUUGUGAUGAUGGUGUGGCAUAGUUGGAAAUGUGAAUCGGAAGUGUUGGCACCCCAGUCUAAACACAGCUCUCUUGAGAACGCUUGA